AUGCUUUUCCGCCGCCGCCGCACAUUUGUUGACUCCGCCCACCGGUACCCUACCAUUCGCACCAAGCCGGACCCAUACACUUGUGUGUUAGAACGCAACUGGACGUACCAGCAGGCGUGCGGCAGCUGUCACUCGUCUAUUUUUUUCGGCCAGAUCGUGCGCUUAGAAGAUCAGUCCCCAUGCUACCAGGUUUUCACCGGCCGAAUUUCGGAAAUAGUGGUGCAGUACAAAGACGUCUUAGUUGUGCAUGUCACUCCACUGCACUACAAGCCCAAGGAUGAAUUCAUUCCACCACCCGUUCGCCUUACUUUACCUGCCCGUAUCCUUUCCCUCCCUUUGCAUCUUCGCCUUGCACACUGGUGCAAGAAACAUGCCAAUCGCCUCACGUCAUCCAAGGCCACAGGACCAGACGCAAUUGCGCCGUCUCUUGAAGACUUUCAGAAGCAGGUGGAAGGAAGUGAGAGUUUUGGUAAUAGUGUUGAGGAACUUGGAGGUGAAUUUUUGCCACUAGUUAAUCUUUUCUGGUAG